AUGAUAGCGCUCUCUUUGUUCGAGAAACUCGACUGCUUGCCUGCCCUUGCGGCGCUUAUUGGUACUGUCCUCUGGGCUUUGUUGACCAGUCCCUGGCGAACCCAUCAUUAUCCGUCAACUCUGCUGUUACACGUGGGUUAUGCAGCCAUGCGCAAAGCGACAUCACGCUUCUCAGUGGCCCAGCUGCACCUGGCUGACAGCGAGCGGCUUAGAUAUCUGCUUCCUACCACAGAUACCAUUUAUAAGCGCUUCAUGCGCCGCCAUCGUCUGUCCUCGAAGACUGUUGACCUUGGCGAAGGUGCCCUAGGCCACUGGCUGGGGGACUAUGAGCAUGCUGAGCAUGUCUUGAUCUGGUAUCACGGGGGUGGUUUCGCACUUCCUGCCAACGACGGCUACUUUCAUUUCUUCACUCAACUGCUCGCGGAUACCCAAUCUAGUCCGAAACCCAAAUCACUUGCGAUCUUUACCCUCACCUAUACCCUCGCUCCUCAAGCGGCCUAUCCCACCCAGAUCCGUCAAGCCCUUGCAGCACUGCGAUACAUCCUCCAAGAAACCCACCGUUCCCCGUCGCAGGUCCUCCUCGGUGGUGAUUCCGCCGGCGGGAAUCUCGUCGGGGCGGUCCUCGCGCACAUAGCCCAUCCCCAUCCAGAUCUUCCGCCUCUCGCUUUGUCCGACGGGCCCGACCGCCAAAUCCGCGGCGCCAUCAUGAUCGCGCCCUGGACGAGUCUGGAUCAGACCAUCCUACCCGAAGAUAUCGCUGCCUCGAUUGAAUUGGACGAGUCACAGAUCGACUCCCGGGGAGACAUCAUCACCCCCGCCGUAGGAGGGCCGUGGGCUAGGGCGUACAUAGGUACGGGCAAACAUGACUACUACACCGAUCUCUCGACGGCGCCAACCGACUGGCUGGCGUCUUUCCCUGUGGCGAAGGUAUUGGUCUGUGCUGGGGGCAGGGAGAUCAUACUGCCUUUCAUUGCUGCAUUCACCAAGAGAUUGCAAGAAGGGCUUGGGCCGGAUAAGGUGGAGUUGUGCGUGGGCGAGGGUGAAGGUCAUGUGGCGCCGAUCUAUAAUCUGGCGCUGGGCGAGUGGGGGGAGACACUCCAGGGGAGGAGGGUGAAGGGGUGGUUGGGCGAGGUGCUGUAA